GUCUUUCUAAAUAAAAUCUAUUUAAGAGAACCAUUUAAUCUAUGACAUUGCUUUUUCAAAUUACUGCUUUGUGCUUGUGUAAUAUGGCAGACUGUAGGGAAAGUCUUACACCGAGGAUGGCCAGGAUAUGGCACAGAUAUUCAUUGUGCAAAGCUGUCGUAGAGUCGUCAUCGGGGGCCCAAAAUCAUGUCCCAGGGGGAAAGUGGUAGUCAAAUGUAUUUGCUUAAGUACAGAAUGAGUGAUCAUGCGACAUCCUGUAUUAACAUCUGGGUUGUCAGGUGUUGAGCUCUUUCUGGUCCAGUUUGAUCAACCAAACCUCCUGUAUGUGUUUUGCACAUGUUGUAUAGCGUUCUGAGAGCAUUUGAGAGAUACGAUUUUGUCCUGUGUAGAGAGAGACUGGUCUGUCACAAUCAUCGAAUUAGGAUGUUUCUCAUUUGGGCGACUCUGUUCUUCGCUGUGAAAAGCAACACUGCUAACACAGAUCUUACCCAGAAGCCCACAGUGACAAUUCUGACAGAGGGACAGCAGACCACACUGAACUGCACUGCUCCUGGUCUCUGCUCUGGAUCUCGUCCUAACAUCACCUGGAUGUGGAGAAGAACAGGAGAGAACGACUCUCACAUCACAGGAAACAUCACUGAGUUCAAGACGGAGAAUCUGACUGCUGUCACACAGAGACACAGCUCAACUUUGACCUUUAACCUUUCAGCUGAACACCACGGCACCAAAGUCACCUGUAAGGUCAGCUUCACAAACAACAUCACUACAGAGGAGACAGUGACUCUGAAUGUGACCUAUGUGAAGAAACCUCAAAUAACUGGAAAUAGAACCGUAACGGAGGGCGAUACUCUGCAUCUGACCUGCAAAACUUUCCCUUUGUCUCUCGUCAUGUGGACUCAAGUCCCAUCCAACAAAACCCUAAUUGGCCUGCAGAACAAAACUGAAACAGCCACUCUUGUCAUCCAUAAUGUGACAGCAGAACAUACUGGACAGUAUGUCUGUACAGCAAUACACUUUAACAUGACUGUGUAUGCUAAUGUAACUGUGACUUUGCAUCCAAAGAUCCUAAACAGCUCUAGAUGCAAACAUAAGUUGGAGGUUCUGACCUGUGUGUGUAUCAGUCAUGGCUUUCCUCUACCCACCAUUAAAUGGCCGCUGUUAGAGAACCACCCUGAGUACUUUGUCAGUACCAGUGUGUCAAACCACACAGUCAAUAGCACCGUCAUCCUAAAUGUUAAAAAACAGAGUAACACUGUUGAGUGUGUUAGCAGAAAUAAAAAUGGAAAAGUAAAAGGGAACCUCAGCGUGGACGAAGACAAACAAGAAGAAGAAGGUCAUGUAGGUCAAAUAAUGAAAUUGUUAGGAGUUGUGACUCGGCUGGAAAUGAUCAUUACAUUUUUUAUUGGUGCUCUUAUAUCCGCAGUCAUUUGCUGCUUGGUGACAAAAUGCCACAGGAAAAAACAGAGGACCUAUGGAAAUAUGACUGAGACUCUGGAGAUGGUGACAAGUCACGAGGAGCCACUGAUCGAUGCUGGUCAAGCAGUGGAAGAUGAACAGGCCAUCGACCAAGAGGCAUCUGAUGCAGGAGGAGCUGUGGCGGCAGGGAAAUCAGACGUGGAGUACUCCAACCUUGAUUUCUCCCUGAUUAACAGACCGAAUCCAGCAGAGGCAGGGACAAAACAAGGGACCCCAGAGACAGAGUAUGCUGAAAUUAAAAAAGAUAAAGCAAAGGAGAGAGAAGAUGGAGAGAAAAGGGAAGAAGAGGAAAUGAUAGGGGAGGAUGAGGAGACAAAAUAUUGUGUACCAGAGGAGGAGGAAGGUGAGGAUGGGGCACUGUAUUCAACUGUGAAGGAUGUAAUGGGUGAGGAUAGUAUUGCUUAAUUGUUUGAGGAUUACUUCUGUAAUUUGUUCUGAUGUGGUAACUUCUUGCUGUCAAAAGCCAAAAUGAGCCUGGUGGUAAGCCUCAACUAAUUAACAUUGUUUAACCAUUAUAAUGUAGUACAAAUCAUUUGCUGAAUCAGCCCUGCUAAUAGCACUAAUCACUAUAUUGCACUGUAUAGAAGGUUGUAUUAGUCUAGACAAUAUUUUCACAGAACAGACUGUUUAACUAGUACAUCCCUGCAGCUGGCUAUGAAAAACCAACAUGGCGAUGGCAAUAAAGCAGAACUUGAGGCUUCAAAGCCGUACACCACAAACCAAUGGGCGAUGUCGAAGAUGUGUAGAAGGGUAUUUUGUAUGAGUGUUAUUGUGCCUUUUUUUUCUAUAAGUUUAUGCAAUGUACAUAGAAUGUUUAAAGUUUAAAUAUAGUAGUUAGACUUUCUGGGCCAAUCACUUAAUUGCUUACUUCCUCCGAGGUUAAUGAAGACUAGAAACAUGAGGGAAAAGAUAGCCUGCCUCUUUCUAAAGUUGAAAAUGCACUUACCACUAGCUCUAAAGUUCACAAUUUAAAACUCUGUACAAGAACAGAAAACACACAGUAAUGUCAUCAUGUUGAGGUUGUGUGGCAACCUCAACAUGACAACAGUGUGUUUCUGCACCCAGUGUGUUACUGCACCCAGAUGUUAAUAACAGAUGAGAAAAGUGUUAACUUAGUUUUCAGAAAGACAAGGCUAGGAUUGCUGGCCAUUAAAUCUUUCUUUUAGGUUUUUUCAAAUGUUGAAUUUGAGUCCAAUUAUUGUAUUUCAGAGGAAUUCACAUAAUAUAUUGGUGUAUAAAAAACAUAAAACAGCGCUGUUUUCAGCUGCAAGACAGACAGGAAAUCGUGCUGUGAAAGGAUGUGAGCCAAAAAUAACAACUGAAACACAUUUUGCAUACUGGGUUCCUCAUAAAAGGGAACGGGAAAGCAAGAUUUUGCAGCUUUUCUUUCUUUAUAAUGUGUGAAAAUUCAUAUAACUGUUUUAUUAGUGAAUGCUAACAGAAUUAAACUGCCAACUGUCAGAUGAUGACCAGGUUUUUUUGUGUAUCUACAAGAAUGAACAUCAAAAACUAAAUUCUUUACUGGUUCUGCGUAUCAUCAUUAACCAACAAGUCUUCAUAGCUGAAUUACAAAAUAGGUAGUCAUUUAAUUUCAUACACCUGAGCCUGAUCUACCACACUUAAGGUUUAUAGUAAACCUAGGACAAUAAAAAACAUACUUGGUUAAGGCUUUGACUGUAAUUUAUACAUCUUUAUCUUUUGUUAUCUUUUUUUGUAGAGUGUAGAAGAACAGUAAUCAUGUAAAGGUCCCCAAGUGAAAUUGAAGCGUAGACAUUGCAGUAAUUUGGUGUGUGCCUUAACCAUUUGACAAUUAGGACACCUAAUAUCUCAUCUUCAACAUUGUGGACAGUGAGGAGAAACAGUAUUGUUAAUAAAUAUAUUUUCUAAGGUACCUCCUUGCCAUACUGAUGAGUUUUGGCCAUCCUUUAACAGUUGUGCUUAUUAGAAAAUAUUUUCAUUGUAAUAAUAUUCCUGCUAUUGCUUGAUAAAAAUAACAAUGUAAGCUGUUAUAAAAAAAAAUAAAUGCCAAUGUAACAUAAACUUA